AUGACAAGGAAGAAGGUGAACCUUGUUUGGAUGGCGAAUGACGGCGCUCGAAAGGCCAGCCUGAAAAAAAGAAGGGUGGGCUUGAUGAAGAAAGUGAGUGAACUAACCACGCUCUGUGGUGUGAAUGCGUUCGUAGUGAUUUUUAGUCCAGGGGAGAACGAGCCGGCAAUGUGGCCAUCUCGCCCGGUGAUUCACCAACUUCUGGCGAAGUUCCACUCUUUGUCGGAGAUGGCCCGGAGCAAGAAGAUGAUGAAUCAAGAAAGGUACCUGAAAGAAAGGUCUGCGAAAGUUGAGGAGCAGUUGAAGAAGCACCAAAGAAGAAACAAAGAGAUGGAUGUUUCCCAUCUCAUGCACCAACUCUUUCAUUUAGGAAAGAGACAAAGUGAAUUCAAUGUAACUGAAUUGCAUGGUUUGUAUUGGUUUGUGCAGGAAAAGAAGAAGGAAAUCAAGAAGAGACUGGACUAUGUUCAACAAAUCAGUGCUCUUCAAGAAGCUAAGGCUUCUCUUCCUCCUCGCCCUCCUGCACCAGCGGUGGCGACGGCGGACGGAACACCCCCCAGCAACCCCUGGAAUCCCACAGAGCUUGCUCAGUGGGAUCAAUGGUUCAUGGAAGUGGUGAAUAAUGGUGAAAAUCGUGCAAAUCUAGGGCUAAGGACUCCAAAUCUGCCAAUAUUUGCUGCAAAUCACAUGGGGUUGCCCCAGGGAAAUUAUAGAUCUGAUUAUAACAAUAUUGCUAGUAAUGCUAGCAAUGUUAAUGCUAAUUCUGAUCAAAUGGUGGUGCCUUUCGGGACAAGUUUUAGAGAUAUGAAUGCAAGUGGUGGUGGCGAUGAAAAUGAAACUCGUUUCCCUUCUGAGUUCGAACUUUUGAGCGGAUCAGGUGAUGUUGGAAUGCCUUUCGAUGUCAGCAAGCCAUGGCCAAACAAUUUCUUUGCUUGA